AGUAGUAACACUGUGAAGUUAAAAAAUAAUGAUAAUUCUACUGUUCGUGAAUUUAUUUAUCGACUCUCUGGCCGAUAAUACAUUCCUUCGACUAUUUGGAGGAACGAAUGCUACUCAGGGAGAGUUUCCUCAUAUGAUUUCGAUACAAGAUUUCUUUAAACGUUGGCCAGAACGCAUAGAACCUCACCUUUGUGGCGGCUCAAUCCUAAAUACUCAGUGGGGCCUUACGGCGGGUCAUUGCAUUGAUAACAGCAGGAUUAAUACAGGACAAAUCCGUGUUGUUGCCGGAACCUUUAACUUGACUUACGUUUCAAAGGACACACAAGUGACUUUUCUUGAUUUCGGCAUACAACAUCCUAAAUAUAAAACUUACAGACAAGACUAUGACGUCGGCGUAAUUCAUUUCAAAAAGCCACUCUUCUACAAUGAAUAUGUCCAGCCAGUGAUUUUACCAGAACUCGAAGAUCCUAUCUUGUCGAGUGAAGCAGUUCUUUCAGGAUGGGGCAUAGCUGAUGUGCCUAUGGGGUUUCCACGUAUACUUCAGCGCGCAGAUAUGCGUAUAAUUCCAAUAGCUGAGUGUUUUAAUGCUUUAAAAAACGAUACUUCUCUUCAAGCGGGCAUCGAGAUCCACUUUAACAUUUGUACAAAACCACUAACUCCUGGACCAACUAUAUGCUCUCGUGAUUCAGGAAGUCCGCUUGGUCGAUGGGAAGGUAGUAAAUUUCUUCAAAUUGGUAUUGCUACUUGGACUCCUUAUAAAGAUAUGUGUAUUCAAAAAGAUACUCCAGUAAUGUACGCGCGAGUAGCCGCCUACACCGACUGGAUUCGUGAAAACUCGGUUUGUACAUGUUAACUUGAACACUUUUCUCCAACUUCGAAAAGAAUCUAUAACUUGGAACUGUUGGAAUAUCUGACAAAAACAUUAAGUUAAUUAAUCACUUUGCAAAGUUAAUAAAACACAAUUUAGUGUGAAUAAACUUAUAAAAACA